AUGCCGGUCUUUACCUCGCUUGGAGUCUCUGAUCUAAUCGCCUUCGCCGACGCCCUACCUCUCGCAUUGGCAGUGCCGUCAUGGCUCCCAGUCAACCGGCGCCAGGCCGGCUCGACCAUUACUGUCGAUCUAUCAAAGACGUACCAGACGAUCGACGGGUUCGGCUGCAGCUUCGCCUUCCAGCGGGCCAACCUGAUCACCAACAUGUCGGACAAGACCAAGCAGCGCGAGCUCCUGGACCUGCUCUUCAACACAACAUCCGGCGCCGCCUGCGCCUCCGGCUGUUGA